GCACCGUUCCCUUGUAAAUACGAACAACUCUUUCGAGCUUUCUUCGGAUCUCCAUUUUCUUCUUCUCUGUUCUUUACUGUUUUGGGUUUACUCUCUUCGUAGAUCUCCAUAGACGUUGGCGCGAAUCAAUGGGUUCUUCGUCGGGUGUGCCCGAAUUCGAUUACUUGUUUAAGAUUCUGUUGAUUGGGGACUCCGGUGUUGGGAAGAGCUCUCUGCUAUUGAGUUUCACGUCCAAUACUUUUGAUGACCUUUCUCCCACCAUUGGUGUGGAUUUCAAGGUGAAGUAUCUUACUGUUGAGGGUAAGAAAUUGAAGCUUGCAAUUUGGGACACAGCUGGGCAAGAGAGAUUUAGGACACUAACAAGUUCCUACUACAGAGGAGCUCAGGGUAUAAUCAUGGUGUAUGAUGUUACCAGGCGAGAAACAUUCACGAAUCUGUCGGAUAUAUGGGCUAAGGAAAUCGACCUCUACUCAACCAAUCAGGAUUGCAUCAAGAUGCUUGUUGGGAACAAGGUUGAUAAGGAGAGUGAAAGGGUUGUCUCCAAAAAAGAGGGAAUAGACUUUGCUCGGGAAUAUGGAUGUCUCUUUCUAGAGUGCAGUGCAAAGACAAGGGUCAAUGUGGAGCAAUGCUUCGAGGAGCUUGUUCUUAAGAUACUGGAAACGCCGAGUCUUUUGGCAGAAGGAUCGUCGGGAGUGAAGAAAAACAUUUUCAAACAAAACCCUGCACAGACCAGUGGCUCUUCAAGUGGCUACUGCUGCUCUUCUUAGGCCUCUUCUUUUAUACACAAACACGCUUCUUUCUUCUUCUUGGAUGUAAAUCUCAACACUAACUUGGAAGUGUUAUGGUUAUAACAGGUUCCUGACAGGUUUAUGAUCAUUUUGUGUUGUCCUUUUA